UGGGCGGUUCUCAUCGGCAUUGACGCAUAUCCAUCUAAUCUGUUGCAUGGUGCUGUAUCUGACGCAUUAUCAAUGAGAGGAUUUCUUGUCAAUGACCUUGGCAUCCCAGAACGUUGUAUCCAAUGUCUCCUUGGCCCCCAUGAUUCCACCCCAGGCGAUCCUUCAGCACCGUCUCGUAUGAACAUCAUAAACAUGCUCCACAGUCUCAUUUCCAAUGAGGAAAUUCAGCGAGGUGACAAUAUCAUCAUCUACUAUGCUGGGCAUGGAUCAUGCUACAACUGUUCAGACCAUUUUAGCACAGCGGAAUCUAGACAUGGCAAGGACCUCUGUUCCAUUGAGGCACUGUGCCCCAUCGAUUGUGACUCCAUAGAUGCCAAUGGGCUUCCAAUACCUGACAUCAGCGACCGGGAACUCAAUGUUCUUUUCAGUCAAAUAUCUCAUGUUAAGGGACAUAAAAUUACAUUCAUCGUAGACUGCUGCCACAUGCGCAGUUUUGACCGC